AUGUUACUGCAAAGUUUGGUGGCUUUCAUUCAGCGAAAGAAAAGUUACGAACAAAAGCUUGGAUCUUACAAAAAUGUCAAGGAACUCAGCAACAAUGAUUGUGAAAAAAUUUUGGAUAUUUUGUGUGAAUUCUUGAUGAAUCCAAAAACCACAGAGGAUGUAGCUGAAUGUUUUCCACAAUUGCUAUGUGCACUAGUUUCCAAAAGCAUUCCCAUGGAGAGAGCCUCUUUUAACGAUGGAGAUACAUUGCAUAAAUUAAAUUCUGUUAUUUUGGGAAAGCUUGUCUGCAAGAAUCGUGAUUUAUUAACAUUUAUUCUGCACUAUUUUGAUGUAAACCCAGCACCAUUUGAGUCUGUAGAAGAUGACUACACUCCUUCUUCUAAGAGGCCUAAUAGAAGGAAGGUGUCAUCCUUUCCUGAAGUUUCUGAAUAUGAUUUAGUAACAGCCUGCUAUGAUAUUCUGUGCAGUGCACCAAUGCACUUCAAAUACACAUGGAACUGGUCCAAGUUUUACAAAUAUUUAGCAGAUGAAGAUGAAGCUGUUAGAUGGGUAGCGAUGAAUUGCAUUGCCAUUGUAUUAGGAAUGUCAGAAUCAUGUACCUUAGAUCGUAUGAAUGAGUUAGUUCCAAGUAGUCAACAACUUGCUACAGUAUGUAAAAAAAUUAGCCAGAAUAAUGUAACAUCUGCGAACACCGAAGAAAUGGAUCAAUUGUUCAAUGAGCUGCCAUCAAUAGUCUCUGUGGGAGGAAUUCUUCUUCCAGUAUUCAAUAAACUAAAGUCUAAGAAAGAUUUGAACCUAAUACCUGUUCCAUCGACACGAAGAAAUUUGAAAAAUCUAGCUCUCGCAGUAUCUUCUAAUAAAUGUGUAUGUUUACAAGGCGCUGUUGGUUCUGGAAAGACUGCACUAGUGGAAUUUUUGGCAGAGGCAACAGGCCAUAAUACACAGAACUUUGCAAAAGUGCAGUUAGGUGAUCAAACAGACUCGAGAAUGUUAUUAGGAAUGUAUUUGUGUACAGAUAUUCCUGGAGAAUUUCUAUGGCAACCAGGAAUUUUAACAGAAGCUGUUCUCACCGGCAAGUGGUUGCUUCUGGAAGACAUUGAUUGUGCCCCAACAGAUGUCAUCAGUAUUAUUGGGCAGCUUGUAGAAAGUAAAACAUUGUCGGUUCCAGGAUACAGAGAUUGUAUACAUAUAAAAAGCGGAUUUCAGUUGUUUGUUACUACGAGAUUGGCAUCCGGUGGAACACAGAAGCCGCUAAAAGUGUCUGUUCCAUUCCAGAAACAUUGGUCCUGCGUCAAUGUAGAACCAUUGUCCAAAGAAGAACUAGUGACAGUUGUACAAACUCAGUUUCCAGUAUUACAUACAGUGGCUACAAGAAUUAUUGAUGUCUUUUUGUUGUUCUCUGUUGGUAAUCACGAAGACGAUGCUGUGAAUAGUAUAAGGAAUGCUAGACAGAUUUCUACCAGAGAUUUGAUUAAAUGGUGUUCCAGGGCUAUCGUUGAGUUUGAUGUAUCUUCGCCUGUGUCUGCGUUAAAAAUGUUUCAAGACGCAUUGGAUGUUUUUUGUUGCUCUGUGACUAACUGUGAUCAGAGGUUAAAUUUGGCAGUAGCAGUAGCGCACAAGCUAGGUAUCAUAAAAACAAAAGCAGAGUAUUUUUGUAAUGUGCACAAGCCAUCGGUGAACCACCAUAAGCACAGUCUCAUUGUUGGCAGAGCAAACUUGGCGAUAAAAAAGUCUGAAAGAGUGAAACUUGCAGUUAAGAAAUCAAAUUUUUCAUACACAAGGCCAUCGGUAUGUCUUUUAGAACGAAUAGCCAGCUGUGUUGCACAAAAAGAGCCUGUUCUUCUUGUCGGAGAGACAGGAACAGGGAAAACGAGUUGCAUUCAGUAUCUUGCGCAAAUAACAGGUCAUAAGUUGGUAGUGAUAAACAUGAAUCAACAGAGCGAGAGUACAGAUUUGCUUGGUGGCUAUAAACCGGUAGACUUCAAGCUUCUGAUUCUUCCUAUUCGCGAAGAAUUUGAAAUCUUGUUCCGAUCGUAUUACGCUAUUGAACCGAACAGAAAGUUUUUGAACCACAUUGGACAUUGUUUUGAUGAAAGAAAGUGGAAGACACUGACUACUCUGAUGCUUCAUAGUACUCGUGCAGCAUUGACACGAAUGAGGGCAAGUUCAAAGAAUCAGGAUGUAGUUCAGUCCUUGAAAAAGUGGGAGAACAUGGCUAGAAAACUGGAUAAGCUACAGUCUCAAGUGAAAAGUCAUUAUUCGUUAGCUUUUUCUUUCGUCGAAGGAGGUUUGGUGAAAGCAUUGAAAAAUGGCGAUUGGGUUUUAUUGGAUGAGAUCAACUUAGCCACUGCAGAAACAUUAGAGUGUCUUUCUGGACUGUUGGAAGGAUCCUGUGGAUCACUCUCUUUAUUAGAGCGUGGUGACAAAGAACAGAUCAAAAGACAUCAAGACUUUGCGAUUUUUGCAUGUAUGAAUCCAGCUACCGAUGUUGGAAAGAAAGAUCUUCCGGUGGGGCUCAGAAAUAGGUUUACAGAAUUUUAUGUCGACGAACUUACAGAGAAGUCAGAUUUACAGCUUCUCGUAAGUUCCUACUUGAAAGACUUAAACCUUCAGACUCAGAAAAUUGAAAGUAUCGUCAGGUUUUAUUUGAACGUCAGAAAGGAAGCUGAAACCAAUCUUCUUGAUGGAACUGGUCAUAAACCACACUACAGUUUAAGAACACUGUGUCGUGCAUUAAGUGUAUCUGCACAGAACCCCUGUGGAAAUGCAUUGAGAUCUUUGUAUGAAGCAUUUUGUUUAAGUUUCUUGACGCAAUUGGACAGUCAUUCCUAUCCAUUGGUACAAAGAAUGAUUGUGAAGGCUAUUUUAAACGAUAAAACUGCAAAUGCAAUUCUUGGAACACCAAUUCCAUGUCCGCAUGGUGGAACUACUGAAAAUUUCAUCUGUUUCGAAGGAUAUUGGAUUCCUAAGGGUGAUCUCAGCCCACAGAUACCAAAAAAUUACAUACUCACAGAAACGGUCCGACAAAACUUGAAAGAUUUAGUUCGAGUAGUGUCCAUUGGAAAGAUGCCUGUAUUAUUGCAAGGUGAUACUUCUGUUGGAAAGACCAGUUUGAUCACGUACUUGGCAAAGGCCUCUGGACAUAUUUGUGUCAGAAUUAACAAUCAUGAGCAUACCGAUCUGCAAGAAUAUGUUGGUACAUAUGUAGCAGACUGCACUGGAAAACUAGUCUUCAAAGAGGGUAUUUUAGUGGAUGCUAUGCGUAAAGGAUACUGGAUCAUCUUGGAUGAAUUGAAUUUAGCACCCAGCGACGUUUUGGAAGCUUUAAACAGAGUUCUCGAUGAUAACAGAGAAUUGUACAUCCCAGAAACGCAACAAGUGGUUAAAGCACAUGAUAAUUUCAUGCUGUUUGCUACUCAGAAUCCGCCGGGAUUGUACGGUGGAAGGAAGGUACUGUCGCGUGCAUUCAGAAAUCGAUUCGUUGAGCUGCAUUUUGAUGAAAUUCCUCCGAAAGAGCUGCAAGUUAUAUUACACAAAAGGUGUGAAAUGCCAGAAACAUACUGCAAACAAGUAAUUAAUGCAAUGACAGAACUUCAAAUUAGACGAAAAAGUACUGCAACGUUUGCUGGAAAGAAAGGAUUUAUAACUCUCAGGGAUCUAUUCCGUUGGGCUGAAAGAUAUCAUCUUGCGCCAGAUCAUAAAGAGACUCUGUACGAUUGGAGUCAGCAUUUAGCAGACGAAGGUUACUUGGUUCUGUCCUCAAAGGUCCGCCAUCCAGAAGAAUGUUUAGAAAUCAUACAAGUCUUGAAGAAGCAUCUGAGAAGAGACGUUGAUCCAAAUUCUUUGUUUUCACUGUCCGAAAAUACUUCACCUGUGACCAAACCAAUUUUGGAAACACUUCUGUCGAAGAAGAUUCCUGGGUUCGAGCAUAUAGUCUGGACCUAUCAGAUGCGUAAAAUGGCAGUGCUUCUUACAAAAGCCUGCGACUUUAAAGAGCCAGUCCUGCUGAUCGGUGAAACAGGUGGUGGCAAGACCACAGUCUGUCAGCUUAUGUCAGUAAUUAGACAGCAGGAACUCAGUAUCGUUAACUGUCAUAUGCAUACAGAAGCUACAGAUUUUCUUGGAAGCCUUCGCCCAGUCAGAGAUCACAAGGAUAAUCAGAAACUAUUCGAGUGGGUGGACGGUCCUUUAGUGAAAUCCAUGAAAAGCGGAGGUUUCUUCUUAGUGGAUGAAAUUUCCUUGGCAGAUGACAGUGUCCUCGAACGAUUGAACUCCCUUUUAGAACCUGAACGUACACUUUUAAUCGCCGAAAAACCAUCAACCGAUGAAGAUGCAACUGUUGCUGCAAGUGAAAAUUUCAUCUUUGUCGGCACCAUGAAUCCUGGUGGUGAUUAUGGCAAAAAAGAACUGUCACCUGCGCUUAGAAAUAGGUUCACUGAAAUUUGGUGUGAAGGCUGUGUCUCGUCUGAUGAUCUUCGAUCCAUUAUGGUGCACAAUCUUCGUAAAGAAUUGAAGGAAAGCGUUUCAACUGCGAUUAUAGCAUUCCUCGAGUGGUUACAGACGACAGAGAUAGGAAAGAAACUUGUUGUCAGUGUUCGAGAUGUGCUGACAUGGGUGAAUUUUGUUAAUUGUUGCGAAUAUUUGGAAAUAGGAGAUGCUUUCUACCAUGGUGCAGCAUUGAGCUACAUUGAUGGGCUUGGAUCUGGUUUAACUGCCACAGAAAAUUCAACAAAAUUUAAGGAUUUUAAAAAUUCGGCACUGAACUUUGUCAGACAUCAAGUACAGAAUACAUUGAAAUCUAAGCUGAUGCUAAACUGUGAACAUUCCAAUGUCGAAGAUUGUGACGAUAAAUUUGGUAUUCCGCCAUUUUACGUAAAGAAAGGUCCUGAAGAAAUUCCAAAUGACCUAGGAUUUGCAUUUACGAGUCCAACGACCAGAAUAAAUACUUUAAAAGUGUUACGUGCUCUACAAUUGAAGAAACCGAUUUUAUUAGAAGGAAGUCCAGGAGUUGGUAAAACCAGCUUGGUUUCUGCACUUGCCAGAGCUUCUGGUCAUCGUCUUCUUAGACUAAAUCUCAGCGAUCAGACGGACAUAUCAGAUUUAUUUGGAGCUGAUUUGCCAGUCGAGGGGGGAAAGCCUGGAGAAUUUUCUUGGAGAGACGGUCCCUUCUUAAGAGCCCUAAAAAAUGGAGACUGGAUUUUGCUCGAUGAAUUAAAUCUUGCAUCUCAGUCAGUUCUCGAAGGACUGAAUGCGUGUCUUGACCACCGUGGAGAAGUUUACAUUCCAGAAUUGGGAAUGACUUUUACCGUAAAGCCAGGCACACGGCUUUUUGGCUGCCAGAAUCCACUGCGUCAGGGUGGAGCUAGAAGGGGACUGCCAAAAUCAUUUUUAAACCGUUUUACACAGGUUUUUGUUGAUGUCUUAGAACAAGAGGACCUAAAAUUCAUUUUAAAGGCUCAGUUCCCACAGUUACCAGAAGUUUUAAUGGAAAAAAUGAUUAUUUUUAACGAGACAUUGAGUUCUGAAGCGGGGAUCACAUGGGCUCAUUCAGGGGCACCUUGGGAAAUGAACCUUAGGGAUGUCACCAGGUGGUGCGAAUUGACUAUGGCAGCUUUUGAACAGAGUCGAAAAAAGACUUUGAAUCCUGGGAAAGGUGCUCAAUUAAUUUAUGUUGAUAGAAUGAGGACACGGGAAGACAAAAUGAAGGUGAUCGAGAUCUAUAAUACAAUAUUCUCACUGGAAGAGUAUCCCUUGCCAGAUCCAAAAUUCCCUGUUCAUUUUACGAAACAAAAGGUCUACUUAGACGAUGAAGUUGUGGAUCGCAGUGAUUCUGCGGUCUACGAGGACGACGAUUUGUUACUCCUAAGGGACCAGAAAGCUGCUCUCAAAGGUCUUGCACAGUGUGUUAACAUGAACUGGAUGGCUAUUCUUAUUGGUGAUACCGGAAGUGGAAAAACCAGCCUCGUUCAUCUUCUUGCAAAUCUGGCCGGGCAGAAACUGAAAUCGAUCGUCGUGAAUUCCGCGAUGGACACCACAGAAAUUUUGGGUGGCUUCGAACAGACGGAUUACGAUCGACACUUCGAGGAGCUGCUCGAACAAACGGAGACACUGUUAACCGAAAUCCUGAGGACGACGCUGAGGAAGGAGAAUUUGGAUCAGGUGGCCUAUUACCACGGUCUACUCGAGAACGUUCGACAUUUGUCCAAAGACGACGGGAAAACAAUGGAGGCAACGAUGUUGACGGAAACGAAACUGUUCCUCCGUAAAACCGAGGAAUUAUCGAGGCUGGUGUCAGCCAUGAAAACAUUGCCGUCGGCCGGCGUGCUCGAAGGAAUCGAGAAAAAACUGACCGAUCUAUCGAUCGCCGUGGAAAAAGACAAAUGUUUGAACGCCGGCGGAAAAUUCGAGUGGGUCGACAGUGUGCUUGUUAAGUGUCUACAAAAUGGCACCUGGUUAUUGUUGGACCAAGUAAAUCUUUGUAGUCCGGCAAUAUUGGACCGAUUGAAUGGACUGUUGGAGCCGAACGGUGCUCUAACGAUAGGUGAGAAGGGCGUCGAUGAACGUGGAAAUGUGUUCACUGUGAGGGCCCACAAGAACUUCCGGUUGUUUCUCACAAUGAACCCUCGCCACGGAGAAAUUUCCAGAGCUAUGCGAAACAGAGGCGUCGAAAUCGCCAUCUUGUCGUCCCAGAGUAAGCUCCAGUCGAAUUCCCUAGACGUCCGAUCAUUACUGAACCGAUCUGGUAUACAUCGAGUAAACCAGCAGGAUUUACUACUGAAAAUUUACGACACUUUAUACGACGAUCAGUUCCGAGUGAACGAGGUACUGCAGGUCGCGUCGUUCACCAGCCAACAAGUGGCCAAAGGAUUCGCAUUCGAGGAAUCGUUAAGGAAUUCCUUUUACGAAAUUUGCGGUACCCUGGACGGUAGAUCGAAGAGGGAAGCACUGAGGAAGAUUGAUGAAAUUUUAUCGGAAGAUAAUGGGAAUAUUGAAAGACGUUGCUACGACUUGGACGCCAUUACUCUUAGCGCCUGCGAUCUCAGGAAGAACUCGAGGCUGGCGGUGGUUAGACAGGAAGGAUUUCUCUUGGAAUCGGCCGUAGAGAUGCUGAGAAACGACCCAGAGAGGAUUGAUUUCCAAGAUCUCUUCGCCCAACAAGCGCCCAUAAAUGAUACAACAAAGUUUCUGAGGCUCCUUUUGCUCGAAUUCUACGAAAGAACCUCCAUGAACGACAUAGAGAUUCGACGAGUUUGGAGCUCGUUUAUUCUUUCACGGAACCGGUUCGACGAUCUCGUGAAACUCGGCGAAAUUCUGCACAACGAAACGAAGAACUUAAAGUUCUUGUUCGUGAAAAAUUCAGCCUCGGAAUCCCCUCUAAAUUUCGUCGAAUCGUCCACGCUCGUGAAUAAUCUAGCGAUCUCUUUGUACUUCCAAUCGAUGAUCUUCGAUUGCCGAUCGAAAGAGGAAACGCCAAAAAACGAUGACGUCAUGCUUCUCAGAGAAUAUUCGGCGGCUGUCUCUUCAGGAAAACUCUCCAACAACCUGAAGAACGAACCAUUGAUCGUGAAUUUCGCAGAAUUGGUCGAUCAAUCCGAGAAGAUCAUCGAGACGAUAUUCCACAAUGAAAAUCUCUCCUUGAACGACGUCGAUUACAUCGAAUUACGGGACAGUUUGAAAUGGUUCAAACGAUACAACGAUCUAGGAAACAUCGAGCUGAUCGAUCGAUCGCGUGGAACGUUCUUCGAUCUACCAGAAAUCUCCUCGACCUUGAAGGUUCACUACAGAUGGCUGGUGAAACUGUUCAAGAAAUUGUUCACGGUUCUGGAUCGGAAAUCGUGCGAUACGAGGACGCAGUGCAGAUUGACGAGUUUCUCGGAGAAAUACAUAAAAGUGUUGAUCGGUAUGGAUAAAUUCCGAAAGUUUCGUAAAAGGGUGAAAAAAUUACUGUUAACGCCGUCGCCACAUUUCACGGAGAAUUCGAUAUCUUUUCACGAAAAGCUUCGAUCGAUUUUACGAAAAUUCGAAGUCACUGACGAGGAUUUGAUCGAUGUUUCGAAGACACGUUUGAAAGUAGCUUCAAUGGGCAUUUUGGAAAAUUUAGAUAUAAGAGAAAAGUUAAUUAACGUUUGCACGGAAAAUUUCGUGGAUAAUCGGGAAGUGGAAAAUUCGGUAGAAUUGGACGAUCUAGCCACGAAGAUUGUGAUUGUUAAAGAAAUCAAUGAAAAGCAGAUCAGAGACAAUGAGAAGUUUUCUGAGAUCGAAAUAUGGCCGAUUUAUGAAUUUUUCUUUUUGCUUUUCGCGUAUCGUUUCCAACGGAAAUUCUGCGAACAAUUUUCCAUUCGUUACGAGAAGAAAGUUUGUGAACAUUCUUCCAGCGAUCAAUCGAGCGAGGAUUUAUGUGUAAUUAUCGAUGGGAAAUUCGAGAAGAUCUACGAGGAAAGUGUCUUUCGGAAAUUCGAAGAAAUUCCAACGAUACCGACGCGUUUAAUCGCUUUAAUAAGGAGUUUGAAUUCGAACGAGGUCUCCGAUGAACGAAGAGUUUCUCUGUUUUUCGAACUGUUGUUUUCGACCGAAGAAUUUUUGGAUCGAUCGUUCGCGGUGAAAAAUUCGAAUUGUCUUCUGCACUGGUUCGACUGGAAGGAUGAUGAGAUGGAUGAUGGUGGCAGGAAUUCUGAGAUGCGAUUCAUCAGCAAGACAGUCCUCUGCAGACUGGUCCACGAACUGUUACUAACAAAAUCCGGAACCCAAGCGGCAAUCAACCUCCGAAACCACAAGAACAAGAAGAAACUAUUGAAAACGAUCCAAACCACACUCUGGAGAAAUUCUUUAAUAUUGAACACAAACGACUUCAGUAUAUCCAGAAACGAUUCUAUGCUCCUUCAAUUCUGCGCCAACUAUUACGUGGCCGCCAUUACGAGGGUGAUCAACAACUUCGCCCCGAAAUUAAGCAACAAAGACCAAACGGAUCUAGAAAAUCAUUUCUUUACACCGAUGAACCUCUUGCAAGAAAUCAUGAAGAAAUUGCAAACGGUUGACAACCACGUGACAAGGGGAAAAGGCUGGCUGAUUCUGGGCUACCUCCAAAUUUUCCUCUUCAGGGACCUAGGAUCCAUAGAUCCUGCCAGGAAGACUGCACUCAAGUCAAAAUACAUUCGUGAGAAUAUCUCUGAGCUGGAACAUUUGAUGCUCAUCGAGGAAUUACAAAAUAUCAUUCUAGCUACUUCUCUACCUGACGAUCGAAAACGAUCGAGGAUCGAUCACCUGAAGAUUGCAUCGUCGGAAGUGAAGGAUAUUCAAAAUGUCCAGACGGUCAGACCGUCGUCCAGUUUCCAGAAUCUCAAAGAAGAAAUCGAAAACUUCUCGACGAACAUCGGUUCGUUCAGUUCCAUAUUCCGACAGGUGAACCAUUUGGGCGACGUGAUCGAGAACGCACCGAAUGGUGAAUUGAUCGGUAACGAUCGUGAGAAGCUACAGGAGGCGGUGAUCUGGAAGAAAUCGUUGCAAAGAUUCUCUGGGAAAUUAGAGAGGAACUUUUUGAACGGAUUCCCCGAUCUGGUCGCGCCGAUGAUCUCCGCGAUUUCUAACCUAACUCACGGGGUCUCGAUACUGUUCCAGCAGAUCUCGAGUUUGGAACGGCAAAGCCUGAACACGGACAUUUCUUACAAUCUGUUGCGUUUCCCAGUGACUGGUCCCUGUCAGGAGAAUUAUUUAAAUUUAAUAAAAUUAUGCGCCUCCGAAAAAUUGAUUCGAAUCCUCCCGAAUCGAUCAAAAUCCAUUCAAAAAGAUCGAUUCGCAAUGGCGAAGGUCGCUCUUAGAGAACUGGAGAAUUUCUCCUGUUUCGUUCAAAAGGAUCUACGAUCAUUCUGGCGCGAAUUGAACAAGAUUUUCCUGAUAGUUCGAAUAUUGUGGAGGGAACAAGAGAAACAACGGGAGGAAGAGAUGAAGGAGAAGCAGAGCUUGUUCAGGACAAAGUCUGAAAAGGAGGAGGACGAGACGGAUUUUCGAAAAAUGUUUCCCAGCUUCCAGCAAGACUUUCUCGAGCUGGCAGGAAUGUUUCCCGGGCUUGAGCAAGAGUUUCCAGAGCUUCAGAAACUCUCGAAUGAUGGUCUGGAUGAGAAAGGGGAAUUCCACGAGUUGAUCUCUUUGAGGGACGCGCGGGAAAUUCAAACGGUUCAUUGGAACAUUCUGAAAAAUUCGACCGGCAGACGGAUGAAUGUCACCGAAAAUUCGAGAAGUAUAUCAAGGAGGUCGAAAAACAACUUAAAACAGGUGGAGACAGAUCGAGAAUCAAAUUUUAUCGAUCCUUUGGUUCAGAGGUUCGAGAUGCUCGGGUGUUCCGUGGAAACGUGGCCGGAGGAUCUGUCGUCGAAAUUAAUAUGCAGCUUGAAUGUGUUAUUUUCACGAAAUGUGAACUUCGGAGCGAGUCAGGGGGACGUUUAUGAUUUUUAUAGAGAUCCAAAUAUCGUGGAGGUUGAAGAGUGUCAGCCACUGUUUGAAAGCCUGAACGAAAGGAUCGACAGUUUUCUGAUUGAGUGGCCAGAGAAUCCUAUUUUAAUUUCGAUUAAAUUGAUCAUCGAUCGGAUCCUCGGUUUCCCGAUCAAUUCGUCGUUGUUGAGAUUUUUGGUGGGCGUUGAAUUGUUGCUGACGAAAAUCCAAGAAUGGGAGGCGAAUGCUCUGUACGACGUUAGCUUGGCGACGUUCAUUGAGAUUUUCGGUAAAAAGAUCCUUCAUUGGCGGAAACUUGAACUGUCGAACUGGAAACACUCGUUGGAGAUCCUUGAGGAGAUGCUGAAAGCGGAAGCUUCAAUAUGGUGGUUCAUAUUGUUCGAUUUGGUAGACCAGUACCUGGCUAAAGACACCAUAAACUUGGAGGAAAAUGAAGAAGUGGGCCCAACACUGGACGAUACGCAUAGGGAUAAUGAUAUGUCAAAGGAAAAGGUCACUGAGAUCUUGGAACGAUUUUUAGCAGAAUCCUCUUUGAUCCAGUUCGAGCCCAGACUCCAAUUAGUCUAUCUUUUCUACCAACAUAUUGAUCAGUUUGAUGAAUCUGAAAAGCAACGUGAAUUGUCGGCUAUUCUAUGGAACAUUUAUCAUUAUUACAGUCAAUUUGUGGCUGACGUUGACAAUAAAAUAAAAGCCCUAAAACAACCCAUCGCCAAGAAGCUAAAGGAUACUAUCAAGAUAACCAGGUGGAACGAUAUUAGCUACUGGUCAGUGAAGAACACAGCUGAAAAGACACGCAGGACUUUGCACAAGUUUAUAAAAGAGUUUCAGAAGGGUCUGCGGGAGAAUGUUGCUGCUUACCUGACCCUGAAGAUAAAGCCAGAAAUCUUGGAGGUGAAUAAUAGAAGAGAUCUAGAUCCUAGUGAUUUCUUGGUGCGGCUUGAAGCUGGCAAAUUGAGCAAAGUUGAGAAAAUGACACGUAAAGCUUGUCAGUUCUGUGAAAACAUUGUGGAUAAAUGCAAUUAUUCCCAGAUGAGGAAGGACAUUGAAGUUUUCAUAGAAGACACUCUUGAGGAAAGUAAAAAACUGAAGAAUUUGGACGUGGAUAAGACCCUGACGAAGAACAAACAGCAAUCACAGUUGAAGAGCAUGCUUCAACAGAAGAAAUUAGCUCUGGCGAAUUACUUUAAAAGCUUAAGUCAGCUUGGACUUUCCUAUAGAAUUGGUAUGCUAACAUGGAAGAACAGGAAGAAUGAGAUCAUGAACUAUGGGUCAACGCCACUGGACUUGCUGGAAUUGCAGAGGUUCGCUUUCACCAGAAGUUUGAAUGAAAAUGUGGAUAAAGGGUUGUUCGAACAGUGGUCCGGUUGUGAUAAGUAUUACUAUGAAUCGUUGGUUAAGCUGAACUUUCUGCAUGGCAUCUUGAACUCAGGAAAAAGUGACAUUGGAAUGCAUAAUGCUGAACGUUGCAGAGGAUUCUCUGUUCAUCUUAUUCUACUGGCUCACAAACAAAAGAAAAGCAUUGGUAAUUUGUUUAAGAAUCUUCUUCCACUCAGAAUUCAACUGUUAAAUUUCGCUUUGAUGGUGGAUGAUUCAGUUAACGCGAUUAAUGAUUCAGAACCGUCAAACGAUACCGCCAUUUUGGAUGUAUCCAGGCAAAGAGAUUUACAAAGACUUAUGGAGAACUUCCAGGAGUUGUUGGAAGUACUGGAACUUUCACUGAAGCAAGUUAUUCUGUUCUUGGAGAGCUGCCCAACAGACUCUGUUGAAGAAGAAAAACUGCUCGACUUGAAUGAAACUGUGAGACCUGUUUUGAAGGAGAGCAAUGUUGUUGUCGAUUCAGUGAUAUCGAUGAAGGAUUCCUUAAAAUCCAUAAAGAAUAUGACGGAUGAAUUGAAUAAGUGGAUUUCAGUGUCCAAAAGAGUCGAGAAGUCUGGCCAGAUUUUCUUCUUCCAUAGAAGACAUGUUAGUUUCCUUGAGACAAGUUACCAGAAGAUCAAUGAAGUCAAAGAAAAAUUGACUAGUCUCAGCUCUACCUUCACCGGAGAUCAUCCCAUUUCUGAAAAUUUUAAUUUCAUGGUGGAAAAGAUUGACAAAACAACAGAACAUUUUAAAUCGACUUUGAACACGUCAGCAGUAGAGGAAUCUGAGAAGAAUAAAGAUUUGGAGGAAUAUCAGAAAAGUUUGGACACACUAAUUACGCAAGUUCUUCUUGUAAUUCAGAAAAAGUUUCAGGACAGCCAAAAGUCGAGCGAAGGAUCAAAGGAUCCUGAAAAAGAAUCUGAAGAGACUUUCGAAGACAACUUUAUGACAGACAGAUUGAUAGAAUCAGUGAAAAAGGCCAUUUCAGAAUUAAGAUUGAACACGAUAUCAAAGAAGCUUGGAGAACUGUUACAAAUUAUUUACCAGCUAGACGCAAAGUCUGCCAAUGAUUGUAUUAGGUCACUUCUAGAGCAUCUACCUCUUCUCAAGCAGUAUAUUCUCUUCUGUCAUUAUUUCCUACAUGAACAAGUAGCUUCAUUCCGUCUAACCUGCAAGCUGCUUUACCUCCAAUUAAAUGUCUUCCUUGAGUUAGCUACAAAUGGUUUUUGUCAAUCGCAAGACGCUAAUUCUCCUGAAGACAACCAAGAUGGUGAUCCGUCUCAAGGAGGAAUGGGACUAGCUGAUGGUGAGGGGCAAAAGGAUGUCUCCGACAGAAUCGAAUCUGAGGAUCAACUAGAGGAAACAGUGGGUCCAAACGAAGAGAAGCAGGAUAGCGAAAAGAAAGAUACAAAUGAAGAGGAUAAGGGUAUUGAGAUGUCAGAGAAUUUCGACAGCCAUCUGCAGGACUUAGAACGAGACGAAGAAGACAAAGACAAUGAAGAGGAUGAGGAUCUUGACAAAGAAAUGGGCGAGACUGAUGAAACUGCAGAGAAGCUUGACGAAGAAAUCUGGAAGGAUGACGAAGAAGAUGAAGAGAAUGAAGAAGGCCAAGACCAAGAGAACAAGAAGGAGGAAAAGGGAAGCGGGCAGGAAACAGGUGAAGAAGAAUUGAGUACAAAGGAUGGUAAUGAAAAUAAAAAUGAAGACGAGGACAAACAAACAGAACAGGAUGGUCGAAGGAAAGAAGAAGAAAAGAAAGAUAUCAAUGAGCUUGAUGAACCUGAAAUGAAUGAUGAUCAAAUAGACCCUUAUCAUGGGAAACAUCAACCAGAAGUCGAGCCAGAAGCAUUUGAUCUUCCAGAGGAUAUGAAUUUAGACGAUGAAAUGAAAGAGGACAAGGAAAAUGGAGGCGUAGAAGAAAAUCCUUUUGAUAUUGAUCAAAUGAAAGAGUCUAAGAUCCCAGAGGAAGUAGAAACUGAAGAAUCCAAAGAGGAAGAAGACAAAGGAGAAGGGGAACAAGAGCAUAUGAAUGAUGAUGAUGACGAUACCGAUGAAGACCAAGAUCCACAAGCAGAUAAGGAGAAGAAGAAGGAUGGGCAAGAAGCAAAUACCGAGGAAGAUAAACAGAAUGAUUCAGAAGAACAGAAUAUAGAAGAAGAAAAGGCACUAGAGGAAGAAAAAGCAGCAGAAGAAGAUACGGUGUCGCCUAGCCUUGACGCAAGUAGCAAAGAGGUAGACGCUGCACAGGAAGUGGAAUCAAGAAAAGACGGUUCUAGAGAUGCUGUGGAAAGCCAAUCAAAUGAAGAGAAUUCGGAAACUAGUCCCACAGAAAUGAAUGCAGACGAUAAGAAGGAUAAAGGUAGUUUUAAUGCACUUCAUAAUUUACACUCUGGGUCUAAGAAAGAAGAGAAUGCCCCCACUUCCGGCGAAGAAAAAUCUUCCAAGCCCAUCGAGAAACGACGAAAGCCAGGCCAAAGCGAUGAAAAUCGUAGUUUGCUGGAUGACGAAAUUCAACCGUCCGCAAAGAAAUUAAAAACAGGAUUAAUGCGGCAGGAACCGGAUGACGUUGAAGAAGAAGAAAAUGAUGCUGAAAAUGGGGGUGCAAGCGAAGUUUACGAACACAUUAAGCAGUCUGAAAAGUUUGAUGAUGUUGUCUUCGAUGCUGCCACUCAAGAACAGUUAAAAAAGCAGGCGUCAAAUUUGGAAGAAGAGGAAAAAAUGGAUGAUAAGACAGAAGAUGAUGACAUAAAGAUGCAUGAAGAUCCAGUAUCGGAAGACCCAGAGGACAAAGUGGAGAAGGAGCAUUCUUCAAAGACAUCUGAAACUAAGAAGGAAACAUCAACGCGUGCCAAGGGUGACAGGUCAGAUGACAUUGAGGAAAUUGAACUGGGAGGUGAAGUUGAAGGUGACGCAGUGGAGACAAGUCGUGUUUCACGUGGAAACGAAUCCACUUUCCAUACAAAAUUAUCAGAGGCAGACCUCUACGAUGCUGCAACAGAGGAUAUUGCAAAGAAAAGGUCCGAGAUAGAAAACAUGCUUGGCCAAUGGUCCCAGCAGUCAACGUCUGUCGAAGCAGCAAAUGCUUGGAGCUCUAUAAGUGCGCUGACAGAGUCAGCUGCCAGGGAGCUUAGUGAGAAAUUACGACUGGUAUUGGAACCGACGUUGACCUCUCGGUUGAAAGGCGACUAUAGGACCGGCAGGCGUAUAAACAUGAGAAAAGUGAUACCCUAUAUUGCCAGUGAAUUCCGAAAAGACAAAAUAUGGCUGAGACGUACCAAACCAUCGAAAAGGGACUACCAGAUUGUUUUAGCGAUAGACGAUUCCAGCAGUAUGGCUGACAGUCACUCGAAGGAAUUAGCGUUUGAAUCUCUCUCGUUGAUUGGCAAGGCUAUGACCUAUUUAGAGGUUGGCCAGCUUGCUGUCAUUAACUUUGGAGAACAUGUGAACAUCCUUCAUCCUUUUGGGGAGAAUUUCACAGAAGAAAGUGGUGCAAGGUUGAUCCAAGAAAUGAAGUUUGAACAGAAGAAAACAAUGGUGGGCCAGGUACUGGACUACACGAUAGACAUGUUCGCAAGUCAAGGUGGUUCCAGUGAAAAUGCAAAAUUGGUAACUAUUUUGUCCGAUGGCAGAGGAAUAUUCUCCGAAGGAGUUGAGAAAGUGAUUGCAGCCGUCAGAAGAGCGAAAUUAUUGAAUAUUUUCAUGGUUUUCAUAAUUGUUGACAAUCCUCUUAAUAAGGAUUCAAUACUCGACAUAAGGAUGCCAGUUUUUGAAAAUGGAAAAUUGCUGGACAUUCGUCCUUACAUGGACAACUUCCCAUUCCCAUUUUAUAUUAUUUUAAGAGAUUUGAAUACUUUGCCAGUGGUCCUCAGUGAUGCGUUACGACAGUGGUUCGAAAUUGUUGGAAGAAUUGACACGUGA